UGGCUCACUGUGGUAAUGACACCCUGCAUUAACAUCAAUGCGUCCUCCGUUGCUAGGUUAUUCUCCCGGAAGAACCAAGUUCGUAACGUAUUGGCAUAUUUUAUUAUUUUUAAGACAUUUAAUAUUCAAGCAGUCCCCUAAAGUUUAAUCGUAUUAUCGUAGUUGUAUUUAAAUAUUUGUUAUUACGUUGUAGUAACAAAGACUUGUGUUGUGUGGCUAUCGUGGGCGUUGUCGUCGUGUCCAGCUUCACGUCGCAUGGAUCAUUAACUAAAGCUUGCUAGCUUUAAAGCAGCUAACAUGGAAGUGGUGUGUAGUCGUUAGCUUCAGCUAACGGCGAUGCUGACAAACUGCUUCGCUGUGAGUUCAGCAAACGACAGUCGGAUGAGACUGCAUCCUUGACUGGAUGAUGGCCGCCUUGCCUCUGCAGCAGUCCGCGGGGCUGCUUGCUAACGGAGCAAGCUAGACUGAUGCCGAUGACUGGCUGUUUCCUGACAUUGAUUUGCAGUGGGAGGCACCAUGGCCGGUAAGGUGAAGUGGGUAACAGAUAUUGAGAAAUCAGUGCUCAUCAAUAACUUUGAAAAAAGGGAAUGGAUUCAAGUUACAGAAAACGAGGACUGGAAUUUCUACUGGAUGAGUAUCCAGACCAUCAGGAAUGUGUUCAGUGUGGACACAGGCUACCGCCUGUCAGAUGACCAGAUGGUGAACCACUUUCCGAACCACUACGAGCUGACCAGAAAGGACCUGAUGAUCAAAAACAUCAAACGCUACCGCAAAGAGCUGGAGAAGGAAGGAGGUCCACUUGCAGAGAAGGAUGAGAAUGGAAAAUAUAUCUGUCUGGAUUUUGUUCCUGUCACAUUCAUGCUCCCAGCUGAUUACAACCUGUUUGUAGAAGAGUUUCGCAAGAAUCCAUCCAGCACCUGGAUAAUGAAGCCCUGUGGGAAGGCUCAAGGCAAAGGCAUCUUCCUCAUUAAUAAGUUGUCCCAGAUUAAAAAAUGGUCCCGGGACAGCCGCACCUCGACGUUUGUGGCAGCAUCCAGCGGGAAAGAGGCUUACGUCAUCUCCUUGUACAUUGACAACCCUCUGCUGAUAGGAGGGAAAAAAUUUGAUCUGCGCCUCUAUGUUCUUGUGACAACGUAUCGGCCUCUGAAAUGCUAUAUGUACAAGCUGGGCUUCUGUAGGUUCUGCACGGUGAAGUACACACCCAGCACGAGUGAACUGGACAACAUGUUUGUCCAUCUUACUAAUGUGGCCAUCCAAAAACACGGGGAUGACUACAACCACGUCCAUGGGGGCAAAUGGACGGUCAGUAAUCUCCGUUUGUACCUCGAAAGCACCAGAGGAAAGGAUGUGACCAACCGGCUGUUCGAUCAGAUCCACUGGAUCGUGGUGCAGUCGCUGAAGGCCGUCGCUCCCGUAAUGAACAAUGAUAAGCACUGUUUUGAGUGUUAUGGCUAUGACAUCAUCAUUGAUGACAAGCUGAAGCCAUGGCUUAUUGAGGUCAAUGCCUCCCCCUCGCUGACCUCCAGCACAGCCAAUGACCGGAUCCUCAAGUACAACCUCAUCAAUGACACCCUCAACAUCGUCACGCCCAACGGGGACAUCCCAGACUGCCGCUGGAAUCGCAGCCCGCCCAGAGAGGCUCUGGGCAACUAUCAAGUCCUGUAUGACGAGGAGCAGGCGCAGAGCGAGAAUGCUGAACGUGACCUGCGGAGCCGCUCGGGUCAGUCGCUGGGGUCAAAGGGCACCAAGGGGAGUGCAGGCGUUCGCCCUGCUGCUGCCACAUGGAAGUGAGAUGAAGUCACUGACUCAUAAUGACUUCUUGUACAAUACAGGGAGCAACUAGAGGCACAAGGAAGAAAACAAGGAUUUCCCAGACUUUUUGUGUCUUUUAAAGCCAACCGAAGGACGACUUCCUCUCUCCUCUUUACACUGACUGCAGCACAGGGAGCAAAACCACUGCUGGAGGGGAGAAUAAUCAGUGUGGCUUGAAGAACUUGCUUUAUUCUGUUUGUAUUAAUCAGUAUGAAAAUAGCUGAAAUUAUGAUGAUUAUGAUGCGUUAAGGGUCAAGUCCGGCAAACUGAAUGUCACAACUGGAGUUACUCAGUAGGGUUACCAACCUAAACUAUGCAUGAGUGUUGAUAGCUGACACUUUAACUUGACCUGCCGCAUAGGUGCUAGUAAGAAGAUAUGCUGAAUGGAGGUGUUAAGCUUGUUAGUGGGAUAAGAAUGAAUGCAAAUGGUAUAAAGAUAGAAAUUUCAGAGGUUAGUUAAUAUGUGGAAUUAGCAGUACUAAAUGUGUAUAUUAAUAAAGGUUUUAUAUGCUUAAAGUCAGUAUGUAUAUGCAGGGUUUAGGGAGGUCCUUUAACAGUGUUGACUGUUGCACUUUAUGUCUUUGUUUGUGCUUAAAUAUUAAAUGCAUUUCUCAUGUUGCAUUUUGGGUAGUUCUUGGUGUGACAUCUAUAUCUUGAAAAUGAAUGGGAAUGUAAUUCAUGCAGUUUUGGGUAUUACAUGUUUAUUUCCUCCAGCUACUGCAGUAUUAAAACACUAAUGAUGAAUAAACCAACUU